AUGUCGCGGAAGGAAGGAGAAGAAGGUAGUUCUAAGUUGGUUGAGGCUAACUGCCUCUUCUUUAUGCAGCUUCAUCUUCUGUAUUGCCUGAAAUGCAAGAAUAUGCUCGCGGGUGGCAUAGAUACAUCAGGAGCAUCAGUGGAAUGGGCAUUUCAAGAAUUGAUUAGAAAGCCACUGAUCAUAAAAAAGGCGAUGGAGGAGCUGGAUAGAGUGAUUGGAAGGGAGAGAUGGGUAGAAGAGAGAGACUUUUCGCAACUACCAUAUAUGGAAGCAAUCAUCAAAGAAAAGUUUAGGUUGCAUCCACUUUGCACAUUGCUCCCACCCCAUUAUUCCAUGGAAGAUUGCAAUGUGGCUGGGUACGAGGUACCAAGUGGAACAACUGUUCUAGUUAAUGCGUGGUCUAUAGGCAGGAAUCCUAAGUAUUGGGACAAGGCUGAUGAGUUUUUUCCCGAAAGAUUUUUAGAGAGAGAUGCUGAUAUAAAUAGACAAGAUUUUGCACUUUUACCAUUUGGGUCAGGUAGGAGACGAUGUCCUGGGUAUAGUCUUGGAAUGAAGGUUGUUCGAACAACAUUAGCCAAUCUAUUACAUGGAUUUAAAUGGAAAUUGGAGGAAGACAUGAGGCUAGAGGAUAUAUCCAUGGAAGAGGUUUAUGGCUUGACUACUCAUCCAAAAUUUCCUUUGUCUUUCAACAUUGAGCCUAGGCUUCCCACCCAUCUUUACUAA